AUGGCGGAUGUGGCCCCCUGGGGACAUGGGGGUGACGUCGCUGGUGAUCCACCGCUUCCUCCUGGUGGGAUUCGUGGAACACACGAGACAGACGCGGUUCCCCCAAAGAAGGUUAGGGGGAAAGCUAAAAACGAGAAACUACGACGUCUAGUCACGUUUACCCCUGUUGGUAAAUCAAGAGACAUGUUUUCAAGGGAGGCCGGCCUGUAUAUGUGGCGGACCGUCCCGUUUGAUAAAAUUGGAUGGGAUAAUGUUGAACAACAUUACAAGGAUGCCGUCAUGAACCACUUACGGGAAAAUUUCAAUCUUGAUGAAGUGGAACGUGAUUAUGAGGCGAAAAACUUGAAGGGUGGUAUGAGGACUGUGCUUAUGAAGCGGUACUCUGACCGCAAGUAUGAAGCUAGACAAUUAUUUGAUAGCCAGGGAGGUUACGAUGAUCUUGAGAGGGCAAGGGCAUACCAUCCCGUGGAUAUGCCCUAUGAAAACUGGUUGAGAACCAUCGAAGGUUUCCGGCAAGAAAAAUAUAUUAAAAAAAGCAAGGCCUGUAAGCAAGUACGCGAGAAACAACAAUUCCCAUACCGUUGGGGGACAUCUUCGUAUGGUAGCACCGCCUAUAAAAAUAAUUUGGAUUGGGUACCUACGUAUGCUAAAACCCACACGGACAAUCAAUGUUGA